AUGGCUACCUUACCUCUUAAAAUCUUUUGCGCCGUGAGCGGUGGGGUUUUGGCCUGUAUCAGUUAUUUCAAAGUGCGGGAACCGGACGACUCUUACCGAUUGAUCUUGAAGGACAGACCGGAAGAGCGACUGGCCAGACUCACGAAACGAGAGCGACGCUUUGUCGAAUUCGCCUCGGCAGAAUAUGCUGGUCAAAUCUUCAUGACACCCGGUGACUUUCUGGCAUCCGUACUGGAGCGAAACCCGAAGCCAUGUAUCCGAAGGAAAAUUCUUACCCAUGAUGAGCUCGCAUAUUUUCACAGGCAUGUUCCACCGGUUGGGCAGAAUACCACCAUGCUAUUCCGGAAGCUGUCCGAUUCGGGAAUCUUAUCGUUCGCUGAUUACUUGUUCCUGCUAUCGGUGCUAACUCGACCCGAGAGUGGAUUUCGCAUUGUCUUCGAUAUGUUCGACACGGAUGGGAACCAACGGAUCGAUCACAGUGAGUUUAUAGUGAUUCAGAAAAUUUUGGGCAGAACUCUAAAAGAACGUAGCGACGAUGAAGACACGAUCAAAACUUUGUCUCGACUGACGUCCAGGACAGAUCGCCAAAUAUCUGCAAAUGAAUAUACCGCAGCCAGAAAGGACAUUGUGACUACCUUACAAGUCCAUUUCUUCGGUAUUCAUGGAAAUGGCACCCUGAGGUAUGCUGAAUUUUACAACUUUAUGAAGCAUCUGCAACAGGAAGUGCUGCAAAUAGAAUUUGGAAGAUAUUCAAGAGGCAGAAACUUUAUUUCCGAUGAGGAAUUCGCUCAUUUACUGCUAAGCUACAUGAAUUUGAAACCACAACAAUAUGAUCAAUAUUUGCAACGCAUUCACAACAUCGGCGUUAGUCGCCAUUCAGUAACUUACGAAGAAUUCGAAUCAUUUUGUCAAGUUUUGCACAAUCUGGAUGAUUUCGUAGUGGCGAUGCGAUUUUUCUAUUCGGUCAAGAAAGCUAUUUCAAAAGAUGAAUUUGCUCAGGCUGUGAGAAUAUGUUCUGGUAAAAAGGUGGAUGCCCAUCUAAUCGAUCUGGUAUUCGCGUUGUUUGAUGAGGACUGCGAUGGAUAUGUGUCGUUGAACGAGUUUCUCCUGAUGAUGAAGAACAAGUUACGCUUCCGUUGCGAUCAUCAACCGGUUGGUGUGAAAGCGUUCAAAAGAUGCAUGCGGCAAGAGAUGAGAUAUUAA